AUAGUAUUUUACCAUACAGGUUCAUAAAAUGAAUUUAAAACUAUUUCCUCCACCUGAAAAAUGUGUUCAAAGUCAAUUUAUUCAUGUAAUUGAUGACGUAGUGUGACGUAGACGGAAGUAAAAAUAAACCCGGGAAGCGGUGCGAAUUUUAAACAGCAAAUUUUUAAUCAACCUUUCGUGGAAAAUAAUAUUCAGCAUUUUUUUAGUACGUUUAGUACGUAGUUGACUCUGAUGCUAGUGCACAGUUUUAUAUUUGAAAAGAACAAAUUACAAAUUUGGUUAACCGUUCGGGUUAGAGCUCGUUUACCUAAAUAUCCGUUAGCUAACUUUUUAAAGAUAUAUUUCCUACCCGUAUACUGACUAAUCAGUUGUGAUUGGAUGAUACACUCUAGCACGGCUUUCCGAUAGGCUGACUGCGUUUGAGUACGAACUUCUAGCCAAUCAGAGCAACCAGGAGGCGGGAUUUGUCGGAAUACGGGUGGCUGGAUAAUAUAGAGAACGUAUGUUAGCUUAACGAUUCAUUCUCUAGGUCUGUGUUGGGAAAGAAUUAUUAUUUACAGUUCAGUUAGUAUUUAGAAUUCAUAAAGGUUGGGCAGAGUGCUGGCUAGUGAAGGAAUUAACUGAGAAAAUGGGGAGUUUGGUUCAGGAGGUGAAGCGUUGGGCGACAGAAGAGCUGGAUUUGCCUCCUCACAGCCUGCCACACGACAGCUACAUUAAAACGUUAUGUGUUGGUGCAGGGGCCUCAAUUUGGAAAUAUGUCAUACAGCAUGUUUACAGUGAGAGGAAGGUGCGACUCAUGCGAGGGAAUCUUCAGUGGUACAAAAUUCUUCAGGAUAAAGAGCUGAAGCAGGUGGAGGGACAAAAUAAAGACGCUCGGCGUGUGGAGCUGCAGAGGGAGAUCUCCGAGCUGCAGACUGAGCUCAGUCACAUAGACCAGAAGAUCAGCACAGCCAAGGAGCAGCUCGCUAACGAAGAGCAGAAUGUGAACAGACAGCGCGCUCAGUAUGAGGAGAGCAGACUGAGGGAGCUGAUGCUGGACUCAUUCAGGCUGCGCUGCGCUGAGGAACGAGACGCUCUCUCACACGACACACACACCAUCAGCAGCCAGUGGCAGGCUUUAGAACAGCUCUCCAGGAAAGCCGAGGUGAAGGUAGUGUUUGGAGGAUCGGACGACGGAGACAGCGGAACGGCCGCAGAGCCUCUGGUUUUAAGGAACGUUCGGGAUCUGUGCAGGGAGCGAAUCCUCUUCUUCCAGUCUCUGCAGGACAACAUGCUGAAGUCCACUUCUUCAGAGUUUACUUCUGAUCAGAGGAAUGCAGCUUAUCAGCACUGGCUUAGUGCCGUGGAGGAUGUGCUGCGAUCUCAUCCGCCGAAUCAGGUCCUUUUAGCUCUGCAGGCUUUGGCCUCCAAGCAGCAGGUGGCGCUGGAGGAGAAAACCGCAGCUUUGGAUGUGGAACGUGACGUUUCUGCUCUCGGGUUUCGGUAUGAGAGUAAUCAUCUGCUCGAUGUGUCCGUGGAGGAAGAGGAGGACUUGCCGCCGGUUCGCAGUCUGCUACAGUCUGCGUGGGAGGAGGUGGAACACUGUUACAUGCGCUUGGCGGAGGUUCGGAGUAGAGCUCGGAGACUGCACGCUGAUCUCGACACUCUCACGAAGGACGUCCAGCUAAGAAUUCUGGGACAGGACGAUCUCGUUAACCCCAUGGCCCGGAGUGUGUUUGAACUGGAGCUGCAGGCGGUCAGACAGACUGCGAUGAGAGACAGCGUGCGAGAGCAGUGUGCACAGCUCCAGCUGGAGAACCGAGAGAAACGUGAGGCUCUGCGCAGCCUCCACACGCAGUGGCAAAGCAUCAUGGACUUCAGGCAGCUCGUGGAUAUUAGACAGGAACAGAUAAGGAGUCUGAUCAAAGGAAACUCCACCAUGAAGACUGAACUCACACGUGUUCACUCAGAGCUGAGGCAGUUUGUGCGGGAGAAGCUCAGUCCACAGUUUGAGGGUGUGAUCCGGUCUGCUAAUGAGCUCCGUAACUCCGUGUCCCAUGAGGCCAAGCUGUUUAACUCGGUGUCUCUCGCGGCCCUGGACCGCAGGAUUGUAGACGGUGAGAGAAUACCGGUGAAUCAGCUCUCCUUGUAUCGCGGGAACUCUCCGGCUCUGCAGGCCGUCCAUCAGAGCCUCUGCACGCCGCUGUACAUGGCGCCGGAGUUGUUGCUCUCUCAGACGGUGUCUCAGAGGCUGCAGCUGCGUUUCCUCCGUCGCCUCCUGCAGCUGCGCACGGACUCUCUAACAGACAUGCAGAACCGGACCGCGCAGCUGCCUGGUCCUAAUCAGCAGGCUCUGCUGCAGCGUGUGAAAGCGGAGGAUGCAGACUUGCUGCAGUCUCUGUUGCCUCGUCUUCAGGAGCUCACACAGAGAUGCUCUAAAGGCGUGGCCUACGCCAGUCAGGUCAACACCGCCAUCACACACUGGUGGGAGCAGCCGGCUCAGUUUGCUCUGCCAGACAUGCAGCAGGAGGGACUGACUUUCCAGCAGUGGCUGCAGAGAUGGAAACUGGCUACAAAGGAGCUUUAAACUCAGACAUUUGUAAUCUGUAUCACUACAAACUUAAAAUUAAUCUGGAACUUGUAUUUCUAAAUAAUGGUCCAUUUGCUUUUAAAUCACAUUAAAGGAACAGUUUGUAUUUUUUAAUGUAAUGUAAGCGUUCGCUACAACGGAGAAUGUUCUUGCAGGCAGCAAAGAAAACACGGACGCGUGUUCUCAUUCCUCCCUUUCUGCACCGUCCGUUUCCUUUUUAGGAAAAAGGAGGCAGGGCUGAGCAGCUCUGUUCCAGCUGGAGGCGGGGCUAGAAAGUGUAGCCUAAAGCAGAGUAGCCUUGUGUAUGUGUAAGGAAUAAAACACGUGGGUUGUGGGAGUGUGGUGUAAUAGGAAAAUAAUCAAGCAGCACUGCUCUUUCAGGGUGUUUUAUAUUGUUGUGAAUCUUCAACAACUCCAUUUAUGGCAAAAUGGCAUCUUUCUUUUAGACAGACAUGUUGCUGUACAGUCAUGAUUUUUUUUUUUAAAUACACAUUUUAUGAUUUUUUUUCCCCCC